GUGCGAGAGUGAUUCCUCUUGUCAAUAGACGAGCUUUGCUUAGCACCUUUCAGUCCUCCUCCUCCUCCUCCUCCUCUCUCUCCUCACCACAAGCCUCCCUCUCUGCUCUCUCUCUCUGCUCUCUCUCUCCCCCUCUCUGCGGCUCUAUCUGCGGGCGCUGCAGUGAAUCUCUCCCCCGCUGUCAGACUCGGUGCAGCCAGACAGCCGGUGGUCGCUACCUGACCGUUAAAAGUCACAAAGCUCGUUGAAAACGUCGUGUUUAUCCGACCGUGUCGACCCGCUAACGGAGCUUUAAAUCACCCUCCUAGCAAGCGCAACAACCCCCCGGCGGCAAAAUGGGAAAUGAAGCCAGUUACGCCCUGGACAUGUGCUCGCACUUUGAUGCUGAUGAGAUUAAGCGGCUAGGAAAGAGAUUUAAGAAACUCGACCUAGAUAACUCCGGCUCUCUGAGUGUGGAGGAGUUCAUGUCCUUACCGGAGCUCCAGCAGAAUCCCCUCGUGCAGCGAGUUAUCGACAUAUUCGACACCGACGGAAAUGGGGAAGUCGACUUUAAAGAGUUUAUUGAGGGAGUCUCCCAGUUCAGCGUCAAAGGCGACAAGGAGCAGAAGUUACGUUUCGCCUUCAGGAUCUAUGACAUGGACAAAGACGGCUACAUAUCCAACGGGGAGCUCUUCCAGGUGCUCAAGAUGAUGGUGGGCAACAACCUGAAGGACACCCAGCUUCAACAGAUCGUCGACAAAACCAUCAUCAACGCAGACAAAGACGGUGAUGGCAGGAUAUCCUUCGAAGAGUUCUGUGCCGUCGUCGGUGGAUUAGACAUUCACAAAAAGAUGGUGGUGGACGUCUGACAACCUUUUUCCCUCCAUUUACUGAAAAUCUGCUUGAAGACGUCGUCCAGCAAAAAAAACGCUCCGUCUGUUUUCAAUGCAAGUGUUUUCUCUGUGAACCCCCCC